CAGUUUGCUCAGGCUAUGCUCUUUGCCAUUGAGGAGAUCAAUAACAGCACAGACCUACUGCCUGGAAUCUCUCUGGGCUACGAGAUGUAUGAUUCAUGUGGCUCCAUUGCCAGAAGUGUAAGGGUUGCAUUGUCAUUGGCUAAUGGUAAUGCAGUAGCAUCGGCCACUUCCCAGGCACCAUGUAUCAGACUUUCCAAUGUGCAGGCCAUUAUGGGAGAAACGUCAUCUUCACCUUGCAUGGCUAUAGCUACUGUCAUCGGACCCUUUCACAUCCCAAUGAUCAGCCAUUUUGCUACUUGUGCUUGUCUCAGUGAUAAAACCAAGUACCCAUCAUUCCUCAGAACCAUACCCAGUGACUACUACCAGAGCAGGGCCAUGGCCCAGUUGGUCAAGCAUUUUGGUUGGACUUGGGUUGGAGCAAUUAGAACAAAUGAUGAUUAUGGCAAUGAUGGCAUGGCCACAUUCAUAAAAACCGCACGGCAGCUAGGCAUCUGUCUGGAGUACUCUGUGUCUUUCUUUAGAACAGAUCCACCGGAUAAAAUACAAAAGAUAAUUGACACUAUCAAGACUUCUACUUCCAAGGUUAUUGUGGCUUUCCUAUCCAGCUAUGAUAUGAAUGUGUUAUUACUUGACUUGUCUCACAACAACUUGACUGGGUACCAGUGGGUAGGCAGUGAGGGCUGGAUAUUUGAUUCACAAACUGCCGCAAUGGAUAGGCAUCACAUUCUGGAUGGUGCCAUAGGCCUGUCGAUCCCCAAAGCACAUGUCAGUGGCAUUAGAGAGUUCAUGUUGGAUGUAAAGCCGCUCAAUUCAUCUAGUAAGGAAAUGUUUACAGAGUUUUGGGAAGCAUUAUUUAGCUGUAAGUUCAGGCAGUCACAGCCAUCAUCAGGACAUCUGAGACAAUGUACUGGACAUGAAAAUCUGACUGGAGUACAAAACAGCUUUACUGAUAUGUCACUGAUGCCAAUCUUUAACAAUGUAUACAAAGGAGUGUAUGCUGUGGCUCACACACUUCAUAGUAUUCUCAACUGUAAAGAAACCUGUAACAACACAGUGCAGCUUGAUCCAUAUAAGGUGAGUUGAAGACUAGCAGCGAUAAUAUUUUUCAUGUCACAAUAAAAAGGAAAUUUUGUUGUUAACAUUUCGAAGUUUAACCUAUAACAUGUAUGUCAGAUAAUGUUCUACAUCUUCUUAGAUUUUACAGCUUCUAAAAAAGAUUCAGUUCAAAACAAAGGACGGAGAUGAGGUUUACUUUAAUGAGGAUGGAGACCCAGCAGCAAAGUAUGAAAUUAUAAACUGGCAGCCUACAGAAAAGGGCCUUGUGGACUUUGUCACAGUUGGUCUUUAUGAUGCAACUUUACAUGCAGGCAAAGAGAUGCAUCUGCUAAAUAGGUCUUUGAUUUGGGCCCAAAACUCAAAGAAGGUAUGGUACAAUGUUAUCCCUGAAGUUGUUGGAUACAGUGUAUUUGAAUUGUCCUAAUUGCACAAACAUUUUUCUCAUGGUUGUUCUGGUCAUGCAGGUGCCUUUGUCAGUUUGCAGUGAGAAGUGUCCUCCAGGAACUCGCAAGGUCCUCCAGAAAGGAAAGCCAG